UACACACUGACACUUGUUGGGGAUACAUGUGUUCCUGCCUGUCGCAGUUUACCUGUUUACCGGUAGAUGAAGACACGUCCGAUGACAUCGUUAACUUAAGUGGUGCUGUCAACUUUCAGUUAAGGUCAUUGGUGAAUAAAGAAGGACGCUAUAAACUCAAACACCAGAGGGAGUGACCCAGCAGUGUGAAACCACUCACCUGGGCUGCAGGCGUCUACACCUUCCACCCAGGGAGCUGACCACUGAGAUUUUGUGAAAAACGACAUCAUCUUUUCAAGAACAAAAUAUCUGACGGGGUGUGCAGUGGCAAAGGAAGAAAUAACCCUGUGAACCAAGACGAAUACGCUAAAGCUGCUGCCACAAACUUAGUCUAGGGAGAAAGUGCUGGGUGAUGGACUGCUGAACAGCUUGUACGUCGCUACAAAGUGAGUUGUGUGCAGAGUGAUCAACAGGACUGACAAACAUGGGGAAGCAGAACAGCAAGCUCCGUCCUGAGGUGAUGCAGGACCUGCUUGAGAGCACCGACUUCACCGAGCAUGAGAUCCAGGAGUGGUACAAGGGCUUCCUGAGGGACUGCCCCAGCGGGAACCUCUCCAUGGAGGAGUUCAAGAAGAUCUACGGUAACUUCUUCCCCUACGGAGACGCUUCAAAGUUCGCCGAGCACGUCUUUCGCACAUUUGACGCUAAUGGCGAUGGGACGAUAGACUUCCGGGAGUUUAUCAUCGCACUAAGCGUGACGUCACGUGGCAAGCUGGAGCAGAAGCUGAAAUGGGCGUUCAGUAUGUAUGACCUGGACGGCAAUGGGUACAUCAGUAAAGCAGAGAUGCUGGAGAUUGUACAGGCAAUCUAUAAGAUGGUGUCCUCUGUGAUGAAGAUGCCUGAGGAUGAGUCAACACCUGAGAAGAGGACGGAGAAGAUCUUCAGGCAGAUGGACACCAACAGGGACGGCAAGCUGUCUCUGGAGGAGUUCAUCAAAGGAGCUAAGAGCGACCCCUCCAUCGUCCGCCUGUUGCAGUGCGACCCCAGCAGUGCUGGACAGUUCUAAACCCGAGGCAUCAAUAUAACCUAGCUUCUUUGGGUGACUCUAAAUGCCCUUGACUCUCCACUAUGGAGCAGACUGAUGAUGAAGGAUGACAAGCUGAUGAUGACGAUGAAGAAGACAGGCCUUCAAUUUGCACUGAGGACUUCAAAGACGGGCAAAGGAGCCACGUUCUCCAGUUUUCCACCUUGAGCCGUUUAUCAAAACUCUCCAAACCCCAACAUAGACUGAACCUCAUCAGGUUAUCUAACCCCAAUGAUUGUAAUUGACCAGGACCCCUCAGUUCUCCCAUAGACAUGUCAGAGUAUAAAGAAGGUCUACAGUAGGUUGUAUAUAUACAGUAUAAACUGGAUUCUCUGUAUCGGUGUCUUUGCUUGGCUCUCUGUGCCCUCUGAGGCUCCAGCCAGGGCGACACAGAGCCUCUAUCACUCUAAUGUGUAUCAUAGACAGAGUGUGUGCAUGAGACGACAGGGGAGAGAUGAUGGUGUUGAAUAACAGGACAUACUGUAGGUGAGAGAAUUAAAUCUACGGAGAGGACUUGUGAAGUUUGUCCUUCACUCAGAAUACGUACUGCUUUUAGUUUCCUCUUUUCUACUGUGAGAAUGUGUACGCAUGUUUGUGUAUUUUGCAAACUUGAUAGACUUUGUUUCAUAUUUUGUGCUGGGACAACAACAACAUGUAAUAUUAUGCUACUAUGCAUAUGCACCCUAAUCAAUAGUUUGAUUUUGUGAAGUGUCACUGACGUAAUGAAGGAUGAAAUGCAUCCCUUUAUCCAUCAUCUGUUCCAGUGGUUUCUCAUAUCAGUAAGAACCUGACGGAGGAUUUUAGAGCCGCAGCGUCACUGCGCUCUAUCUUACGGUUAAAAUAGAAAACUAGUCUUUAAAGUAUUUGAGUAGUGUAGAUAUUUUAAAGUGCAACUACAUUUUUAAGCAAAUUCACAUAGCCCAGAAUGCUCGGUUCAUAACAAAUGUUGUGAAAUAAUAAUGAAAAUGUUUGUGUAUUUAAGCUGUUGCAGGAUGUCAAGCAUGCAAACCCGUUUCUUUUUGACAUGUACUCUGUGAGGAACAAAGACACUUCUUCACAUUCACUUUCAGAUGUCUUUAAAUGCUGCAUGUUGAAUCAGUCGUUGAACAGUUGGGUACAGUGGUGCAUAGACUAAGUAACACAUAUGCAUGUGACUUAUGCGCAUGUGUGUGUUUUUAAUGUUUGUUUAUGAACAUCAGUGGCCAGUGGCCCCUGCAGCUCUGUGCUCACUUCUCUAUGUUAGUAUUGUCAUCAUUAGUGCUACCAGUGGUCAGUGUUAUUGACAGCAUGGACGGCCAAAGCUGACCCAUCUGACGGUUCGUAUGAAUAACUUCACGGAGGGAAACAAAGAGGGGCUGUAGGAAGACCACCAUGCACAACAAGCUGUACACAUAAAGACACACACUGUUUAAUAGGGGAUGCUGAGAGACAUCUUCUGUUUCUGUUGAUCUCAAUAGUGAAAUCACCUCCCAGCUGCACCAGUAACAGGGCCAAACGUACGCAGUCCCAAAACUGAGUAUACUUUCAACUAGAUGGUAUUUAAAUAAUUUAUAGGAUAACAUAAAAUGACUGACAUGACGUUGGGUGACACAACAUAAGUGAUGGUGUCCCACAAAUACAAACACUCCCAAUAAAUCAAUUAACAUUUUUUGGUCUCAUCUCCUCUCCCUCCUUUUUUUUCUUUGCUCAGCUGCAACAGAAAAUUCCUGAAAAGAAAAAGGAAGCAGUCCCUCUUGUUUAGGAUGUUUAGAGGAAGCUCGGCCAGGAGCAGGGAACGUACCCGAGCCCUCCUCCGGGGCGGAGCCAAGCCGUUUCAGUUACUGCUUUGUUUCCCAAUCAGAAAAGCUUUGAAUGUUUUAUUAAGUAACUGCUGUUUUUUGUAGGAAAAUAAGAAAAAAAAAAAGAUGCAGACAAACAAACAAAUGGAGAAUCACAACUACUGCAAUGAUACUGUCACAAUGUGUUGCUUUUAUUGUAUUUUUAUGAUUUUCUUUUCUUCUUUUUUUUUUCUUUUUUUUAAAGCUGUGUCAGGUAUAACAUUUCUGUUAAAACACAAAAUAGCAUCUUGUGCCAAAUAAAAACAAAAACAGUAUUCUAUAAAUUUAUACUGUACAAUUGUUAUUAUCUGUUGAACAAAAUGUUUGUAAUUGUUGCAUUUUGUAGGUUUUGUAUGGUAUUCUGUAUUUAGUGAACUGCAGUUUUGGAACACAGGAUUCUGUUUUUUUUGGUCAACUUUAAAAGGCAAGAAUUAAAUUUACAAUUUAUUGUGUGCAAGCAUU